AUGUGGAAAGAUUUGCCAAAUGAUCGUGCAAGUACACCAAUAAAAAAAGUUUGUUUAUAUAAUGUUCCACGAACAUCAACACCAAAAUUGGCUAUAUCAAAAUGUUCAAUUCAUCGAUCAAGAAAAAAGAAAAAAGAAAUUUUAAAUAAUGAUUAUCGUCUUCUUUUUUACGGUCAACAAACAAAAAAACCUCACAAAAAAAAACAUUCAAUUAUUCAAAUUUGGUUUUUGUAA